AUGGGUUCCUUGAUCCACAAGAAGCCGUCUUAUCCAUGGAGCUCUUUGAGAGAGUAUCGAUAUGGGCAUGGUGGGUGGUCUAGACAUGUCAUGAUGAAUACACAGCCUUCUGUUGAUAGGCUAAGGGCAGUGAGUGUGAAGGCUUUUAGUGGUGCACCGUUGGGAAUUUUUUGUUCUCCUCCUUCUUCAAGGUUUGAGGACAAUGGCUUAUUUCGCUCUUGUGCUGCUCCUUCAUCAAAUAAUAUUGCGAUCAAUAUGCCACCCAGAAGUGAUCAUCUCCAGCGAGCCAGCUGGCCUCCAAAAAGUGAUCAAGCAGAUGAAGCGGGACUUGAUUUAUCUCUUAAGCUCUAG